AUGGCUCCUUCCACACGCUCACGUCUGCGCUCCCAGCCUCGCUCUGUUUCCCCACGUAUGUCCCUCCAAAACCUCAACCGCUUCGCAAGAGUCUACACCAAUCAGCUGCGCGAGCUUCAAAGACACCAGUCGCGAUGUGAGCAAGAGUCUGACAUCAGUGAAAAUGUCGGCGCAGACGAGGAAGCCGGGUCUGCGCCUCACAGUGCAACAACGACGUCAACUGCUCUCGCUGCUCGCUCCUCGCAGUCGCACCCAGCUCGCACGGCAAGAGCUUGGUCGCGGCCUGACUCGCCAGUGGUAUUGAUUCCCUACAUGCCGCCGCCAUCGGCAUUGCUGCCUUCGCAGCCUCGCGCAGAAUCGUCGGUCCUGUCGUCAUCGCCGCAUGGGCGUUCGUCAACGGCAGCCUCUGCAUUGUCGACGCCGCCGCACGGGUUUGUGCAGGCUGCAAGCUCGCCAUCAGUGUAUCAGUUACGGAAACGCCAGGUGUCGGAUCGUCAGAGGCUGGCCGAGCAGCUGAUGUCCGAUAGCGAGAGCGAUACGGAGGACAGUGGGAGCGAAUGGAACCCGAUAUCCUCGAGGCCAACUUCGCCAUAUGAUGAGGAGGGUGCCUUAAUCGAGGCGAACGAGGAGGAAGAAGAGCUUGCAGAACCGGCCGAUUGCGACCAGACCAGCUAUAGGCCCAGUCGAACGAGGCCUCCUCAGCCCGAUGCGUCGGCCAUCAUUGCCGCUCAGACGGUAGAGGAGGCAACGCAGCAGCCUGUAGCUGCUGAAGCCGCAGUGUAUAGCCAGGGCAGCUCCCAGAGCAGCUCUCCGACCAGCUCGCCAUUGCGAAGGUCCAAUCCUGACUCCAUUAGGGAUGCCUAUCGUCGCCUCGCGGCAAGAGAAGACCUACUGUGCCUCCGCCUCUGCGAAAAGCGCACGACCGACGACAGCAACUUGCUAGGCUGCGUAGUAGCAAGAACAUCGGCUACGUGUGCCUAUCCAAAGGUCGAUCUGCGGGAGUCUCCUGACCAGCAUGGCAAAUUCUACGGCCACGAGUUCCGACUGACCACUCUGAUGCUCAUCGCCCAAGGCCGAGUCCACGAAGCCCUCGAGACAGUGGAGGGCAAGAAGCACGUCUCCCAUCUCUGCCACAACAGGCAGUGCAUCCAUCCAGACCACCUAGUCGUUGAGUUGCAGUCUCACAAUGAAGCGCGGAAUCGGUGCAGAGGCCAUACGGAUGAGACGACGUGCGAUCAUGGCCCUCAGAGGUGUUUGCUACCGCAUAAGACGCAGUGCGUAGACCUGGAUAUGAAGCCAAAUUCAGAGGGCACCUUGAAGGCGAUCCGCAGAGAUCAUCGUGCCAUUCCGUUAUUCAAGUCCAUCGUCGAAGCUGACGCGCGGGCAGCCUUGAUCAAGGCGGGGGCGGAGGCGGAUGCUGCCAAAGUAAAGAGGCCGAGAGGCAGGCCACCGAAGUCGGGAGUGCCCCAAGGGGUUGAGAGUCAGAUGCACAUGGACGUGACCGUGGUUGUAUAG